UCUGAAACGCCGAGGAUGGAAAGCUUGGCUGCUAGGCGCCGUGGGAGUGCUACACGCAGGAAGAAUAAAUCGCUCAUUUUGCCAAAAAAAAAUCGCUCUUACCGUCGGAUCUUCGACGGACGGUGGCGACGGCAGGUGAGGAGGGUAUGCAUCUCUGGCCAACGGCAGGCAAGAGGCAGCCCAUGCCGAUGCGUGGCAGCGGAACUGGCCAGGACCUCGGCGCCUUCGUCCACUCCAGCCACACAGAACGCGCACAAAAAUGGCGCUCGCCGCCGCGCCCUCCCGCCGGUUCCCCGCCGCUCCUCCCCGACCACCGCCGUCUUCGCCUCUCCAGAGACACGCCCACUUCCGCCCUCAGAACCCACGUCGCACCCCUUCUCCACUCCUCGCCGCCGCGGUCGCCGCCCCGCUCACCGCAGUACGGCGGACACGGAGGGGCGGAAGCACGAGCUGCUGCGGGCGGUGCAGGAGACGGGGCGCGGCUCGGGGGCCAGCCCCGACCAGCGCGCGGCCAUCGAGGAUGCCAUCGUGUCCGUGGAGGAGCUCGGCGCCGGGGAGGGGGCACCGCUGGACCUCGCUGCGCUCGACGGCACCUGGAGGCUGUGCUACACGUCUGCGUCGGACGUGCUUAUGCUCUUCGAGGCGGCCGAGAGACUCCCUCUCCUGCAGGUAGGGCAAAUAUACCAGAAAUUUGAGUGCAAGGGUCGGUCGGAUGGUGGAAUUGUGCGGAAUGUCGUGCGUUGGAGCAUCGAGAACUUGCUGGAGGAGCAAGAGGGUGCAACACUGAUGGUCUCUGCAAAAUUUGAUGUUCUGUCUAAGAGCAACAUAUUUCUUCAGUUCGAGGAGGUUGCUGUAGAGAAUAUCAAGAUUAGUGAGCAGCUACAAGCACUGAUAGCUCCUGCUAUACUUCCUCGGUCUUUUUUGAGUCUUCAGAUAUUGCAGUUCCUUAAAACUUUCCGAGCUCAAGUUCCUAUCAGCGGCCCGGAAAGACGAUCGCCUGGAGGACUAUACUAUCUUUCUUACCUUGACCGUGACAUGCUCCUGGGGCGUUCAGUUGGCGGUGGUGGUGUUUUUAUUUUCACAAGAGCCCAGCCUCUAUUAUGAAGGUUUUCUAAUUUCCAUGGGUGUGUUGUAUAAUAAAUGAUGGUUAUAGAUGGGCUUACCUGCAUACAUUAGGUAUGUGAAAUCUGAUUACUGUCCAGUUCUACUUAUAGCAAUCACCUUCUGCUUCCGUGUGUCAAGAAAAAUCUUUUUGUUCAUCAGGUUUCUAAGUUAAUUGACUUGAUGACUUUUUA